UGGGCCAAUAGGUACAUGUUAUAUGCAGAAGGGUAGCAGCGGGGCAAACCGAAGAAAACACAACAUCCGUUCAUACCGUAAACGUUACACAUCACAUACCUUACAUCCACGUACCUUACCUUGCCUUGCCUUACAUUUACAUUACCUACCUAUCCAUAAUUAUAUUCCCACCAAUCAGCGACAUACCCGUACUUACCGACGGCCCUCCCUACAUCCCCUAUCUCCCUAUAGGCUACCGAGCUAAAUUACAAGAAUAGAAAAUCCAGGGGGAGUAGAUCUCGCUAAACCGGAAAUAAACCAAAUACUACAGAUCCAAAAAGAGAAAGCAAUGACCAAAAUAAUCCUCUCUAUCAACGCGGGGUCCAGCUCCGUCAAGAUCUCCGCAUACAUAACCAAGCGCCGCGAAAGCCCCAAGCAGAUAGCCGAGGCUCAGAUCAGUGGGUUAACCGCACCUCCGGCACAACUCACGUACACUAGAGGCGAUGUGCAAAUAUUGAAAAAUGAAGAAACGAAAGAAAAAAUCGAGAACCAGGAUGAUGCUUUCAAAGUGCUUCUGCACACCUUCACAGGGGACCCGGAGCUACCCGAGAUCUCGACCAAGGGAGACAUCUCGGUGGCGUGCCACCGCGUGGUACACGGCGGCGACUACACGUCCGCUAAGGUUAUCACCCAGGACACGUACCACCAUCUAGAACGGCUGACGGAUCUGGCCCCGCUGCACAAUGCCAACUCGCUGCACAUCAUACGGUCGUGCAUGGAGGAGUUGCCUUGCGCCCUGAACGUCGCAUACUUCGACUCGCAAUUCCAUGCUUCCAUCCCGCCCCACAUCUGCACCUACCCUAUUGACCAGGACAUCGCUGCUAAUAACCAGCUGCGCAAGUACGGUUUUCAUGGCAUCAGCUAUGCAUUUAUCACUCGCUCUGUCUCCGAGUUCCUCGGGAAAAGCGUUGAUAGUCUGAAUAUCAUCGCCUUGCACCUCGGAAGCGGCGCCAGCGCAUGCGCCAUCCGCGGCGGGCGAAGCUGGGACACCAGCAUGGGCUUGACACCUUUAGCAGGUCUUCCCGGUGCCACGCGCAGCGGUAGUGUAGACCCAAGUCUAGUCUUCCACUACGCCAGCGACGUAGGAAAGCUCUCACCAUCAUCAACAAAAGAAUUGCACAUCUCAGUCGCCGAGGAGAUCCUCAACAAGCAAAGCGGGUGGAAAGCCCUAACCGGAACCACGAACUUCGGCACAAUCGCUACUUCGGACGACCCGAAGUGCCGUCUCGCAUUUGACUUGUUUGCGGAUCGCGUCAGUGCAUUUGUCGGGUCGUACUACGUGUCCCUAGCCGGGCAAGUAGACGCGCUAGUCUUUGCGGGCGGCAUUGGUGAAAAGAGUGACCGGUUGAGAGAAGCGGUAAUCAGCCAGGCCGCAUGUCUAGGAUUUGCUCUUGACCCGGCGCGGAACGCGGCUGCUGCCAAAGGUACGGAUGUGGUGCACGACGUCGGUGCCAAGGGAGCUAAGCAUCGGACGCUUGUAUGUCGCACCGACGAGCAAUAUGAGAUGGCUAGGGGUUGUGCCGAGAACGAUGAGUUAUGGUGAUAGGGAUAUAUUGUUGCAUGAAAUUUCUUGCAUGGUUGCUUGCAUACUUACGCGCAUAAUAGAUAUAAUAAACGGGGUGGUGGUGGUAGGGGGGCCAGGGGUAUGGUAUGGUUGGCGAAUGUAAUGUAAUAUCACGGCGGUGGAAUGGGGGCUAGGGUUUCGUAUAUCCAACAUGAUAGAGAGAAGUCAUCAAUGGAUCUGAUUUUUCUUCUUUUUUUGCCGAGCUUACCACUAGAUACAAUACGGAGUAAGCAUUUCGUCUAUAGUUGGUAAUGUAAGCGCGUUUUCAAG